AUGCGUUCCGCUUCUUACGCCUUGGUGGCGUGCCCGCUACUACUGGCACUUUUUGUGCUGCUUUGCUGGUCUCUGCGCUAUCUACAUGUGUCAUCCCACGAUGACUGGGCUCAUUAUGUCCGUAUCGCCUUUGUGGCUCAGAUGCUUCUUGUAUUCUUCUGGCUAUUCCGCUGGGUUCGUGCCGUGGUGGCCUACAACCCGCGCCGCCGCCUCAGCUAUGUUGAGCAUGCACCAAUGGGCAUAGACAAGUUUGGUGUGCCCCUCAUGGAGGAAGCAGUGAAGCUCUUCUCCAUGGUGCUUUUUGUGUUCUUGGGAAGCCUGGCUCACCAGAGCCGCGUAUCGUAUGUAUGUGUGGUGGCUUCUGUCUAUGCUUUCAACUUUUUGGUGGCUAGCUUGGUGGAAUUCUGUCCCAUCAACGGCAAAACUCGUUUCAAGAAAUUUCUCGCCACAUAUGACAUCUACGAGUCUCAGAUGCUAGGAUCUAUGAAGAAAAGACCUUCAUUUGCAUCCGCUGAGCUGAAUUCCUCCACGUUGGCUCCCGUAAACCCGGCUCCAACACCCGUUUUCAACUUGAACUCCUUUGGUUCUAAAGCCCUUGCCCAUUCCGUACUGAUGCCUAUCAUGAAUCAGCAGAUCAUGGACUGCAACGAUGAUAUGAUCGAGCGCUUGUACUCUGUGUCACCUAAGAAUACCUUGCAUUUUCUGCUUGGUGACUACGGAUCAGAUAUCCCCGGUCCCACACUUGCGGCACGGCUAGUACAAGAAGAUGCUACAUCAUUGCAUACUACAGAUACUCAUUUUGGAGGUGGUGGAGGUGGAAACUUCAAGUAUAAAAUGCCUGAUGGGUCUAAACUCGAAUUUGGAGGAGGCGCUGGUUUUGAUUACAAGCACGGCUCCAACACCGACUCUGACGAGACUUCCAACCGCUCUAAACACUCUGACAAACAGUCCACUCACAGUGUUAAUUCGCUUGAUGAGUCAAAUUCUAGAAGUAAGAGCUUGAGUGGAUCUCUCGAAUCUUCCACAAGUUGCAACUCAACACUCUCCACCACACCAUGUAAUCCCUACGCAUGGAACGUGCAACCCACCAAACAUGAGCGUACAUGCGAGAUGAGGCGCCUCAUUCAGUGGUUUCGCUGGUUAAUCCCAAAUGUUCCAACGGAGGACGAGCUUAAAAAUGUCUCUCCGCGGGCAUUACGAUUCUCUAUUAGGAAGAAAUUGUCCACAUACACCUUGAGCAGCGAGACAACCUCGUUGAAGUCCGGACCUGGGCGUCUAUAUGGUACUUUCGACCUCGAGAGUCAGCUUGCACCUCGUCAAUGCAAGUCAUUCCGCUGCAAGACAGAGAAUGUCCAUGCAUAUUAUGAGUUUGCUAAAUUUGGCAACCGAUUUUUUGAUGUAUGGGCACCUCGCCUCGUCGAAUUUUAUAAUGGCGUUGACCCAGCCUUCUACCGUUUUGGAACAUUGCUCUCGCGUCUUCCGACCUUUUAUUACAUCAUUUACGGUGCCAGUAUAUGUAUGUGGCAAUUUUCUUCCACAUUAAUUCUUGCAUAUCCAUUUGUUGCCCCGACUCCAUCUAUUGUUACCUUCAUGUUGCUUGUGACAGCAGUUUGCGUGUCCAAGCUCUUCUGCAUUAACUAUUUGCAUAACCAAGCAACUUGCUCCUACAGAGUGUCUCUUGUAGUUGAGUUUGUCAUCAACUUGGUUCUACUUACGCUGGCAUAUUUAUACUAUCUUGGUCUCUGA